ACAGUAGCAUUGUGGGAUUAAAAAAAAAGAGUGCGUCUAGUAGUAAACAAACACAAUGGCUAAUGAUGAGCAUUCAGGCGCAAGCUUUCAGACCUGGAAAUACAAACAUUAUUUCUCCCUCCUCGAGACAAAGGAAAAGAAUAUCGUUGUGAGUUGCCGUCUAUGUGCAGGAAAGAAAACGUUGUCCACCUCCAAGACGAGUAAUUCGAACCUCACGAAGCACCUCAUGAAACAACAUCCCUCGACAAAGUCAGUUGCUGCCAGAGAGCCUGAUGCUGAACACACAGUCGACCCAGGUGAAGCUACCGUUAGCUCGACAGAGCAGGAAGGACCCACUCCAUCAAAACAGCCAAGGCUGGAUUUCAAGUCACUGCCAGCAUUCCAGUAUUUGAGUCAGGAAAGACUACACAGACUUAUUGCAAAGUAUGCUGUUGAAGAUACACUUUCUAUCUCGACUGUUGAGUCUGCAGCUUUCCGUGAGUCAAUAAGCAAGAUACCUUGGAGACGAGCGGGACCACUACCGUGCAGAAAUAUAUUUUCCAAGUACCUGGAGAACGAAUAUGCUAACAUGGAAGUCAAGCUCAAAAGAUCAGUCGAGGAGUUAGAAUAUGUCUCCACUACAGCAGACCUUUGGACUACACAUAAUAAAAGUUUCCUUGGGGUAACCGCACAUUUGAUAAAUCCACACAAUAUGCAACGUGGGAAAGCAGCGCUGGCAUGCAGGAGAUUCAGGGGUCGGCAUACGUAUGACAGUAUUGCAAGUGAGAUCGAUAACAUUCAUUCAUCCCAUGGACUAUCACAUAAAAUCACAGCAACUGUCACAGAUAAUGGCUCUAAUUUUGUGAAGGCCUUUCAAGUAUACAAGCCACAUGAAGACUGUGAGGAUAACACGGAUGAGGUGACUUUUACAAACAUUACCGAUGUGCUGCAGCGGAGUGGUGCUGAUGAUGAAGAUGACAUGAUUUCUUUACCUCCACAUAAGAGAUGUGCAUCACACACAUUGAGUCUUAUCUCAUGCACUGAUGUGGAUAAGUGGCUGCUGUCGACACCUGAGACGAAAAACAUCUACAGAAAUGUUACCACAAAAUGUGCAGGGUUGUGGAACAAGGAAAGUCGGUCUACUGUGGCCUCAGAGAUUGUGGAGGAUGCUAUUGCAAAGAGGCUGCUUGUACCAUGCACAACCAGGUGGAAUUCAUUUUAUGAUGCCCUGGCUUGGAUUUCUGAGGUACCCAUGGUGGAGUUGAACAGCAUUUCCUCCAAACUGCAGUUGAAAUGCAUCAGUGAAAGGGAGCAUCAUUUUCUCAGAGAGUACUGUGCUGUCAUGAAGCCACUUACUGUGGCUCUGGACAUUCUUCAGGGAGAAGACAAUUGUUAUUAUGGCACUAUCAUACCCACGCUCAAGGCAUUGAUGUGCAAGACUCUGGAAAUGAAGAAUGGACUGAAAAUCCUUGUCCGCCUACCAGAUGUAAUUGUCCAGGCAAUAAAUUCAAGAUUUGCACUUGUUCUGAAAAGUGAAGACACUACCCUGGCUGCUGUGACUCUACAAAGGUUCAGGCUACGUUGGUUGUGCGACCAGGAGAGGAAGGACAGGGUAAAGGCAAGUCUGAUUGCAGAGUGCCGAAAACAAGUCCUGGAGCAGGAACAGCAACCAGGUAAAACCCCCCCAACACAGCGCCACAGCCCAGGUCCUACCAAAGAGGAUAAGUUCUUCUCAUUUGAAGAGGAUGAGGACAAUGUCACUGCUGAAGCUGAAGUAGCUGAUUACCUCAAAUCAGAAGCAACAGGAACUCUGAAUCAAUUUCCAAUGAUAAAGGAAAUAUUUCUGAAACACAAUGCAGCCACUCCAUCCAGUGCCCCAGUUGAAAGACUCUUCAGUCUGGGCAACCUGACUCUCAGAUCAGAGGUUUGAGAAGCUUUUCCUCCUGAGGUACAAUCAUUAGUUUUAGGGAAAGUUUUUUUGAGAUCCUGCUGCAACCCUUGAGAAAAAAGUCUUCUUUUUUGUUGUGAAAAUAGUGACUUGUUAGAUAUUCUGAGAGUUUAAGUCUACAAUAUUACUUUCUACUGAAUGAAGUUUGUUAUAGAAACAAUAGUUGUGUUGUGAUGUGUGGGUCACUGGCCAGGGAUAAGCUUGAGAUGGAAUAUUUUGUUGGAUUCAUUUACACAGUCACACAUUGCUGCUUCACCUUAAUCCAUCACAAGCUAUCUGUAUUUAAUUUUACUUUUGAGGUUUGAAGCACUUCUUAAACGAGUUCUCCAUUAAAUGUAUCCACAUAUAUCUUAUUUUUUCAUCCAGCUAAAUGGCCACAUUUAAGGUUCAUUAAUUCUGUAAAAUCAAAAGUUAUUUGUUUCUCAUAAUGAGGAUUAAACCACUUUUGUGUAUGUUCAGUAUUAUUGGAUGUUGGCUUUAGUUGAUGACCCGUUUGUUUGAUUCAAAACUUCUGUUACAAAGGAGAAUAUACAAAAGUAUCUUUAUUUCAUUUUGCCCAGUUGUUAUGA